GUAUUUGAUGCUGGUGACUACUUUGGGAUAAUGCAAGUAGAAGAGGUGGAUGAGGAUGAAGAAGGUGAUGAAGAAAUGGAAGAAGAAUUAAAAAAGAAACCAAAUCCUGGAAGUGAACCUUGUUUCAAAGUUAUUGUAACAAAUGAGAAUGGGCUUCAAGCCUCCAAUCCUAAUAGCAUUUUCCUCAUUGACCAUGCCUGGACAUACCGUGUUGAACAUGCCCGCCAGCAGCUGCUUCACGUACCGGGCUUACUGCACAGAAUGACCAAUCUCAUGGGAAUCGACUUUCACGGAGAGAUCCCAGAUGAGGGCAGUAUUGAGCAAGUGUUGCAGGAAAUGUGGAAAUACAAUCAGACGUACCAGCUUUCUCAAGGGACUGCAGAGGAAAAGGUUCCUGUCUGGUACAUUAUGGAUGAAUUUGGAUCACGCAUUCAGCAUUCAGAUCAGCCUAGUUUUGCAACGGCACCUCUGUUUUAUAUGCCUCAACAAAUUGCUUACACUGUUCUCUGGCCUCUGAGAGACCUUGAAACUGGUGAUGAAGUGACUCGUGAUUAUGCUUAUGGGGAAACGGAUCGCUUGAUCAGGAAGUGUGUUUUGUUACCGUGGGUGCCUAACGAAGUGUUGGAUGUCAACUGUUUUACGCCAGAGCCAUCAGAUGAGCAUUACCAGGCUAUUUUAGCAGAAAACAAGGAAAAACUGCCUAUAACGAUAAAACCACCAGUUUAUGACAAAGACAAAGUUUUCAAGGUUUUCACAGACGUUCAGCAAGUCCUCAACAACCUGACGCAUUCCCGGUUUGUGUUCACAGACAAUGAGGGAGAAGCAGACAUCCUCUACAACUUCUCACACUUCAAAGAUUAUAGGAAGCUAAGUGAGGAAAGGCCUGAGGUAAUGCUGAAUCAGUUCCCGUGUGAGAACCUCCUGACUGUCAAAGACUGCCUGGCAUCCAUAUCUAGACGAGCUGGAGGACCAGAUGGGCCAAGAUGGUUACCUCGUACUUUUAACCUUCAAACAGAAUUGCCUCAAUUCAUCAGCUACUUUCAACAACGUGACAGAAGAGGAGAAGACAAUCACUGGAUAUGCAAACCAUGGAACUUGGCCAGAAGCCUGGAUACCCACAUCACCAACAGCCUUAACAAUAUCAUCAGGCAUAGGGAAAGCAGCCCAAAGGUAGUGUGCAAAUACAUUGAGAAUCCAGUCUUGUUUCACCGAGAAGAUGUGGGGAUGGUUAAAUUUGACAUCCGUUAUGUUGUAUUGCUGCGGUCCAUAAAACCACUCAAGCUGUAUAUCUAUGAUGUAUUCUGGCUGCGCUUUUCAAAUAGGGCAUUUUCACUCGAUGACUUGGAUGACUAUGAGAAGCAUUUCACAGUCAUGAAUUAUGCUCCCGGUGUAACAUUAAAACAGGUACACUGUGAAGAAUUUAUUCCUAUGUUUGAAAAACAAUAUCCAGAAUAUCCUUGGACAACGGUACAA